AUGAAGACGGAUGGCAAAACUCCACAAGCCGCCGUUCCACCCGCUGGCAAAUCCGAAGACAAAAAACGUCGUCGUGCGUUGCGUCGUGCCAAAAAGAGCGAAGCUGCGCAACUAGAACUAGCUGAAGCGGAAGCUAAUGCUGCCGCAUUGGAAGAUCUAUUCGCUAAUGAUCGUCAGCGAGUUUUGAGCGGUGGUGAUGAUUAUUGGUAUUAUGAUGUGGCAUCAGAUGGAUAUUAUUAUGAACAAAAUGGUGCAAAAGGAUGGAGACGUCGUAUGCCGAAUUCAGCAAUGCAACGUAUUAAAGAACAGGUAAGGAUUUUUUUUUAUAAUUUGCCAUACUUUUUUUCUUAACU